GAACAACAGAAGCGGUUAUACGACACCCGCUUUGGGUUUCGAUUGGGAUCAAUCAUUUCACUUUGGAUUUCCGUAGCGUUCAGUUCAGUGUGAGCGAUUGGAGGAUCACUUCUUGUCCGUGUUUGUUUGAGUAGUCCCGUGUGUUAACUAUUGUUAACAGAGUCCCUCGACUUCGUUGCUUAUACGCUCAAUAUUGCAACCGCGCGCGCCUUUCCUUGGACGUUCGAUUAUAAAGAGUAAUAUUAUAUUUGCUCUCGUAUAUUCCGGCGUGGUUACGCCAAUCUGCAGCAACAAAUAAUAAAAAAAACGCGACAGCGACGACCAUCACAAAGUGCGAGUGUGUUAUAUUGCAGAAGAGAGCUGCUAGUGUUGUGUGGCACAAGUAUAAAAAAUAUAUAUAACAAAGAAAAACGUAUCAUCGUCUGUCCGGCUUCUCUUCGAUUCCGUUUAGUCGCAUUCGAGUCAGUUCCGAGAGUAGUGCGUUGUCGGUUCCCCGAGGCCAGUUGAACAUACGCGAAAAUUCGAAAAUUUCAUGCUGCAAGUGACACACACGGAAAACUAGGCGUGAUAAGUUUGCUGCCGUUCUGGAACCCCCUUCUCGACAGCCCAGGAGAAAACACAUAUGCUAUAAAGCAUUCCUUGAUACGCGUUAGCCACAACCCAAACUAGAGAGCAUCAUCCGAAUCUAGGCGAUCUCUCAGUGGACGCACACAUAGUUUUCAUAGUCGAGAAAAAAACACAGUCGUCAGCCAGAAUGACCGAAACUACCGAAGCCCCAGUUGUUGCCGAGGUUAAGACACCCUCGCCAACGAAUGAAACGCCAGCCGCGACCACAAAUGGUCACGCCGAGGAGCAACCGGCGGCGGCCCCGCAGGACAACAACACCACCACCGAAGAAACCAACGGAUCGGUCGAAAAAUCUGACGAUAAGGCCAAAUCCGAAAAGGCAGACGACGCUCCCCCACCAAAAGAGAUGCGUGCCGUGGUACUGACUGGCUUCGGAGGUUUCAAGAACAUCAAGAUUCUGAAGAAACCCGAGCCGAGCCCCCAGACGGGAGAGGUCCUGAUACGUGUUAGAGCAUGUGGUCUCAACUUCCAGGACUUGAUGGUGCGACUCGGAGCAAUUGAUUCGCCCCCAAAGACACCCACCAUUCUUGGCUUCGAGUGCGCCGGUGAGAUUGAAGCCAUCGGAGAGGAAGUCGAAGGAUUCAAGAUUGGGGACCGAGUGGUGGCGCUGCCGGAGUUCCGCGCAUGGUCCGAACUGGUGGCCGUCCCCAUCAAGUACGUGUACCACAUCCCGGAUGAGAUGACAUUCCAGGACGCAGCAGCCAUCGUGAUGAACUACCUGGUCGCGUAUAUACUCAUCUUCGAUCUGGUCUCGCUGCGGGAAGGCAAAUCCAUUCUGCUUCAUUCCGUCGGUGGCGGUGUGGGCCAAGCAAUCGUCCAGCUAGCGCGGACAGUUCCCAACAUCACCAUUUUUGGCGUCUGCUCAAAAUCGAAGCACGAAGCCCUUGCCGCGACUGGGCUUAUUGAUCAUCUCAUCGAUAGGGCUGACUAUGUAAACGAAGUCAGAAAAAUCACGACGGAAGGCGUUGAUAUUGUCAUGGACUGUUUGUGCGGUGAAGAGUGCAACCGAGGCUAUGGUCUGUUGAAGCCGAUGGGCAAAUACAUUUUGUACGGUUCAUCCAACGUGGUCACCGGAGAGACCAAAAGCUUCUUCAGCGUUGCUCGAUCGUGGUGGCAAGUGGACAAAGUUUCCCCGAUCAAGUUGUUCGAUGAAAACAAAAGUCUGGCUGGUUUCAACCUGCGACAUUUGCUCUAUCAGCAGGAUGGCUCCGCUUAUGUGCGUUCCACGGUCGAUAAUAUCUUCGCCUUGUGGAAAGAUGGAAAGAUCAAGCCCACCGUGGAUAGUGCUUGGGCGCUAGAGGAUGUCGCGGAAGCUAUGCAGAAGAUGCACGAUCGCAAGAACAUUGGCAAGCUGGUUCUGGAUCCAGCUUUGGAACCAAAGCCAAAACCAGCUACGCCCGCUAAGAGCAAAUCCAAGAAACAAGCCAGCGAAGAUAAGAGCACCAAGAAGGAUAAGGAGGAUGAUAAGAAAACAUCGGAAAAUGGAGAUGAAAAGAAGGAAGAGGAAGAGGCAAAGACGAAUGGAGAACCGGCCAUCGAUGCUGCUGCCGCUGUCAAUGGAGACGGUGAGGAGAAGAGUGAUGCGGCAGGCGGGGCCAGUAAUGGAGAAGCUACUGAAAGCGAGAAAAAGGAAUCGAGUUGAACUGCUUGAGCUGGAUAAGUGCUGAAUAUUCGCCGCUAACAAAACAACCAUUUUCAUCAAUAUACUCACAUCUAUACAAAUUGGGAGCAUCCCUCAUCGAAGUUCCAUCGGAAACCCAUCAUCUCUACAAUCACAGUUUUACCGAUUGACAUGCAGCUGAUCUACUGUCUACAACAUCACACACACACAUACUGAUCCUCUCACACGUAUGAUGAUUCCACGCAUUUCAGAAUGGUGGUAUCAAGAGCAUAUAGGAAGGAAGAGCGAGUGCGAGAAAGUGUGGAAUCUGCUUGGAAACAUGUGUAACUCCCCCUCAGUCAUCCUAAGUUAUAAUUUUGAGACAUAUUCAUUGUUUUAUUUUUUUUUGUAAAUUUACUUUCGAAUUCCCUUUUUUGUGUCCUUUGCUUUGUGAUGUUCACGAUCUCGUUUAAAAAGCCCCCUCGAUCAAAAAAAAAAAGCUACAACAAUACCACGUUGCAUUGUGAAAGCAAACUGAAAUAUGUAUGCAUUAAUCACUAAGCUUAAGCUCUAUUAGUAAGCCUCUAAAAUGUUGAUGGUUUCAGGAUGCAGGCACCACCCCAUGAGAUUGGGGGAAAACAGAUUUCACAGACCGUUUCAUCACGCUCACAUUCUGCCAGGUCGCAGGGAAAAAACAAGCACAAAGGUUCAGUAAUUUCUUUCAUUUUUGGUUAGCGCGUUCGUUAGUGAUAAAAAAAAGAUUGAUUAGCGUGUUUUGAUUUCGAGGAACAUUAAUGUGGUAAACUAUGAGCGAUGGAAGCAAAAUUUUUUUAAACUAUGUGUCAUUUAAUAUUGUAAUAUUUAAAUAUGUAUGUUUUAAAUUAUGUAUAACAAAGGAUAUAAUACUAUUGAUUUAAAAAUAUACAUUAGAUUCUUUAUUGCGAGAAUAAUUUGUUUCCUUAAGGUAAACUUUAUUUUUAUAAAAGUAUAUAUCUGAGAAGAUCGAGUAUUGUUUGUUUAGCAAGCGAGAAAGGAGGAAUGUAAUACAUCAUCGGUUAGCACAACAAUUUCGUUUUUCAAAACGUUCAACUAAAUCACAUUUCGCAUUAUACUCUAGGCCUUAAACUAUUGCUACAAAUACACUAUUUACGAGAUAUUUUGCCCCUUUUGUAUAAAUUUUUAAGUAUUUGAAUUUUAUAUAACAUUUGACAAUGGAUUGAUGAAAAAUUAUUUUUGAUAA